AUGGACGACCUUCAACAGCAGGAGAGAGCCAAGGAAGACCAGGCCCUCAAGGAGAAGUUCCUGCUGAGCAUCGGCAAACUGGUCAACACUGAUCAACAACCAAAAGAGGUGGACUUUGUCGAGGAAGUUUCGAAUCUGCACGCCCUGCUCAUCGCCUCCAACUACCGCCAGAUCCGCGACAUUGCCGGCCAGCUCGACCUAGGUCGCCUCUUUGACCUCUUCAACAAUUCGCCGGUGUUUGCCGCGGGCACUCCCGUUCCCGGCCAAGUAGAACUUCUCGAUGUGAUGAGCAUGCUGCUGGAGGCGCUGAACGGCGGCGAAGUUCUAGUCAAGUACUACGACCACGUCGUCGAUGGCCUCGACGGCGCCCUCCGCCCUCUGCAGAUUGUCGACCUGUGGCUGAAGAAACUGGUCAGGCCGGUCUUCAGUAGCGAGGGCCAGCUGAAGGUGGUGGUGAACAGCUCGGUGAACAUCAACGGCCUGCUCCGCUCGACGGUCCGCCUGUUGGCCGCCGAGGACACCGGAGUGGCCGCCGCCGCCCACGACAUCUCGGUGGUGGCCGCGAAGGCCUUUCGCCAGAACUUCUUCAGCCCAGUGCUGAUCGAGGAGCUGCGCAAGCUGAAGGACUACAAGGGCAGCUACUCCGCCGAUCAGGCAAGCCAGAAGCGGUUGAAGAACCUGAAGACGGUGGACCGCGAGACGGUGCAGAUUCGCCUCUACGAGGUAGUGGUCGACGUGUCCACCGCCAGUCAGCUGCAGCUGGAUAUGAUGAAAGCGAAUGGCCUGCUGCCCGAGCUGGUGGCCGACUUUGAGGCGAAGCUCUCGGUGGACCCGCUGGUCGCCCUGAACAUGCUCAAGCUGAUGACCGACCUCGCCUCGAAGCCGCACACUAUCGCCUACCUGCGGACGUCCACCUCGGUGCUGCAAUCGGUGGCGAAGCGGCUGGAGCUGAAGAAAGAAGGUCGAGGAGAGGGUGAGGAGGACAUCUGGGACGCACUUAUCCUCCCCGGCUGCAUCAACUUCUUCAUCCGCCUCGCCGAGUUUGACCUCUCAGUUCUUGAAGAUAGCAAGUACGGCGACCUGCUGGAGGCACGCCUGCUGGCGAUGCUUUCCCCAAACUCCUCUAGCACCGAAUCGCUCGUCCUCGCCGUGGACAGCGUCGCCUACCUCUGUCGGAAGAACGCCGGAAAGCGGUUCGUCGGCGAGCAGAAGCCGACACUGGCGACGGCCACCCUCGACCGCAUCGCCGCCAUCAUCACCGGCGUGGGAGCUACCGAGCUGAAGGCUCGAGCCCUCUCCGCCCUCGCCAGCAUGCUCGAGCUGACCGACGACUCGGACCCGGGCUCCAAGGCGGCCCAGCUGACGGAGAGGUGGUACCAGCGGGUGGACCAGGCCGGCGCCGGCCUCCCAAAACUCAUGGCCAUCCUCGCCGAGCCACUGCCCGAGCUCCGCCUGCCCGCUCUUAACCUGCUGCGCGUUCUCGCCACCACCGCCUGGGGCCAGCAGGCGUUGGUCACCGGAGCCCAGGGUGGCCCAACAGCCUUCCUCGACUACCUCCUCGACCGGCGGACGGAGACGACGGCGGAGGGCCGUGAGGCGAAGUACGCCGUCGUCCGCGAGCUGGUCAUGUCGCCCUUUGUCCGCCUCUCCUUUCCCCCGGAGUCGCUGCUCCGCCUGCGCGCCUACUACAAGGCGGGCGCCUUUGCCCGCGAAGCCGACGAGGAGGUCAGCGUCGCCUUUGGCAGUGCCUCAUAG